AUGUUAGAAUAUUACAGUAUACAUGGUUCCUUUAGUUUCACGCGUCAAACAUUAUAUUCAACUGGCUCUGAUCCAAUAUCUAUGAGUGCUAGUCAUUUUAAUAAUGACAACCAGCUGGAUAUUGUUGUCACUAGUUAUUUUGAAAAUUCACUAGACAUCAUUUUUGGAUAUGAAAAUGGCUCCUUUACAAAAACAACAACAUAUAUAACUGAUAGUCCUUCAUAUUCUGUGACUGUAAAUGACAUUAAUAAUGAUGUCCGACCUGAUGCUGUAACCAUCAAAUUUGAUGAUGCCAGUCUAAUUGUCUUCAUUGGAAGCAGCGAUGGAUCUUUUGAAAAACAAAUGCUAUAG